UUAGCGAAGCGCCGGGAUACCGUACAGGUGCGGUGCUUGCCAGUGCUAUGUAUUGCAAGUCAGUGUGGUUGCCAGAUCUGCGGACAAAACAUCGCCAAAGGUCUGACACGCAACAAAGCAAAUUUCUUGAAAACACAAAUUUGAAAACAUUCACCCUUCUUACUUGACGAGGCAAGACGGACACCGGCAGAGAACAGAUCGCUUCAUUGAGCGUUGCAGUGCGUAGCACACCGUCGAUUAGCGUGUCAAGUACGAACUAAGGAUUAUCAUGGCAGAUUCAUCGCCAUCAAGCGAUCUUCGAUCAGAUGUGGCCAGGCUUCAAGAGCUACUGCAGAAACGCUCCAGUGGAUCGGAAGGCAAGAACUUCAAGGCACUGAACACAAUCUUGCAAAGAGCUGUGGACGGAAAACUUGUCGAUACCUACUGCAAGGUGAAUGACCACGUGGCCGCUAACCAGAAUACGUAUCCGGACCAAACCGUGGAAAUGGUAACCACGGCAGCUUACGCCACGGCAACAGGCUAUACAGAGCCGCGCAUAGUGGAUAUCAAGCGCGGCGACAGCGGCUAUGGUUUUAACAUCAUGGGUGGAAAUAAGGUGGGAAUGCCAGUCUAUGUUUCAAGAAUACUCCCUGGUGGAGUGGCUGCUAGACAGGGUCAGCUGAAGAAGGGAGAUCAGAUUCUCUCUAUCAACGGACAGGCGAUUCGCGGAAUGUCUCAUGAAGAUAUGGUUCGCACAAUGACGCAUUCACAGUCGUCUCUGAGAAUUGUCGUUAGCUACGCACCACACUUAUUGGACGGGAUAUUGAAGACGUUUGAGACACAGCGACGCAUAUCUGCCAAGCGCCACCAGGAAAAGAGAAUGUCCUCAGCAUCUGGGAGACAAUAGAAUGUCCAUGGCAUCUCGGAGACAAUAGAAUAUGCUAGGUUUCUAGGGGACAAUAGAAUGUCCUCGGCAUCCGUGGGAUAAUAGAAUGUCCUCAGUAUCCGUGGGAUAAUAGCUUCUGGCAAGUGUUCAGUUCACUGCAGCUCCGACGUUACGUUUUUCUGACAAUAUGGAUGCGAUUUCAGCAACUUUCACUUGUUUUGGCAUGGUUGCGAAAAGCAUAAGUUGCGAAAUAUUUUAGCAUCUUUGGGAAAGGGCUACCUACCUGUGUGUGCUUGUGGCCCAAAAGGACCUGUGACUGAGCACCUGUGUAUGCCCGUGGCCCUAUGCGACCUGCGACCAGUGUUGGGAAGAGUGGACUUGAGAGCGGGCCGGACCAGUCGCUCGACGACUGCAUGAUUUCGGGGUUCUGGAAUUAUGUGUUGAUGAGUUUCGAUCGUGUACCGUGGUUGCUAUACAUGAAGUGGAUAAUAGUAGUCUGGCAUGGUACAGUGACCUUAUCUUCUUUUUUUUAAUAUUGUUUUAUUAAUGGCUUUUUCAUUUACCUCGAAUGGUGUACGAUCUGUAUCACAAUUAUUUGUGGGUUCAGCAAUAAAGGAUAUGACAUGAAGUGGAGUAUUCCUAGUUCCUGUGGAAUGCUGUUGAGUGUUGUACGGAUUAGUAGUGAGUGGGUAAUACUCGUCGGCAUGAUAGUACCUACGACAGAACUGGUACAAUACACUCCUGUCCAACUCCUCUCUGGAGAUCUCUGUUACGGUAUGCUGGUACAGUACAGUCAUGCUAAAAGCUACUGUACAUCAUUGUACAUGACUGGAAUGCCGCAUUAGUAAUAGUGAUGCUGCACACGCUCCUGCCCCAGUGCCAGCUCUGGCUCAUUCGACAGCGGCUGUUCCACAAGUCCUGC